UCAGUCGGGCAGCCAGCCAGUCUGCCAGCCAGCCCGCGGCCGUUGCAGCUGCUGCAGCCGCCGCACACGGGCAGACGCGCCGCGGCGCGGGGCUCCGGCCGGGGCGCGCGCUGCCCUCGCUCCUCGCCGCCGCGCAGGGGUCCCCGGUCACCUCCCUUGUGCUGUUCUUCCUGGAUGGAACAAGAAAAUAAACAGGGUGUGUGUGAAGCCCAGGACUCAGCAGACCAAGGGAUGGGCUCUGAUUUUGAGAACUCUGAAGACAGGGAACGGGACCCAGAAGAAAGAGGAAUGGGCUCUAAGCCACAGGAUGCAGACAAGAGAGAAGGCCCCCCAGAGCAGGAUCUGGGCUCCAACCCACAUGAUGACGCCCUGGGCGGGGACCCAGAGGAGAGGGGUCUGGUGUCUGACAUCUGCCCAGAGGGGCUGCUGAGUGAGGAAGAAGGGGCUGCUCUCCGCGAAGAUGAUGAUUACCAAUCUGGUGUAGCAGAGAUGGCGAUGUUCCCAGGACUGUCUGAGUCCGACAGCAUUUCCCGGAGCCCCCGGGAAGAGGAGGAGGAGGAGGAAGAGGAGAGCGCUGGAGAGAACCGGCUCGACGAAGAGGAGCAGCCGCCCCCUCCCAUGCUUCCCUGGAGACGGCACCUCUCCCUGGGCAGUCGGCACCGGAGCGACAAGGCGGCCCACCGCCGCUUCCGCCGGCUCCAUCACCCCAUGGCCAUGGACCUCGGGGAGCUCGACAGCCUGAUGGCCAGCAUCAUGGACGCGCCCACCAUCUGCCCCGACUGCGGGGAGAGCUUCAGCCCGGGCGCCGCCUUCCUGCAGCACCAGCGGAUCCACCGCCUGGCGGAGGCCGCCGCCGCCGCCAGCCUGGAGCCCUUCGGCUUCGCGGGCGAGUGCGGCGCUGUGGUGGGGAUGGUGGGCGUGGGCGUGGGCGUGGCGGGGGGCUUCGGGGCGGGGCCCGCGCUGGCCCGGCCCCCGCGCGAGAAGCCCUUCCGGUGCGGGGAGUGCGGCAAGGGCUUCAGCCGCAACACCUACCUGACCAACCACCUGCGCCUGCAUACGGGCGAGCGGCCCAACCUGUGCGCCGACUGCGGCAAGAGCUUCAGCUGGCGCGCCGACCUGCUGAAGCACCGGCGCCUGCACACGGGCGAGAAGCCCUACCCGUGCCCCGAGUGCGGUGAGGCCUUCAGCCUCAGCUCGCACCUGCUGAGCCACCGGCGCGCGCACGCGGCGGCCAGCGGCGCGGGGGCGGCGGCGCUGCGGCCCUUCGCCUGCGGCGAGUGCGGCAAGGGCUUCGUGCGCCGCUCGCACCUGGCCAACCACCAGCGCAUCCACACGGGCGAGAAGCCGCACGGCUGCGGCGAGUGCGGCAAGCGCUUCAGCUGGCGCUCGGACCUGGUGAAGCACCAGCGCGUGCACACGGGCGAGAAGCCCUACAUGUGCUCCGAGUGCGGCGAGACCUUCAGCGUCAGCUCGCACCUCUUCACGCACAAGCGUACGCACUCGGGCGAGCGGCCCUACGUGUGCCGCGAGUGCGGCAAGGGCUUCGGGCGCAACUCGCACCUGGUGAACCACCUGCGCGUGCACACGGGCGAGAAGCCCUUCCGCUGCGGCCAGUGCGAGAAGCGCUUCAGCGACUUCUCGACGCUCACGCAGCACCAGCGCACGCACACGGGCGAGAAGCCCUACACGUGCAUCGAGUGCGGCAAGAGCUUCAUCCAGAGCUCGCACCUGAUCCGCCACCGCCGCAUCCACACCGGCAACAAGCCGCACAAGUGCGCGGGCUGUGGCAAGGGCUUCCGCUACAAAACGCACCUGGCGCAGCACCAGAAGUUGCACUUGUGCUAGGGCUGGGUCGCGUUGGGGUUGGGGGACACACUGCCCUCGGGGAGCAUGUGGGGAGUAGCCGUUCUGGGGAUAGACCGCGUAGGAAGAAAUGGGAAGGGGCGGGAGGGACAAUCCGAGAGUGAUCGGGGAGUCAAGUUUGGUGUUAGGGGGUCUUGGAGGGGAGGGUUGAGUCAGCGUUGUUCUUUUGGGGUGUCAUGUUUUGCCUGCCGCCCCCCCAGCGAGGACAUGUUUGGGAGAUGUGCUUGAGCGAUGCCUUCUUCAAAUACACAAAGUAGGGGGUGAAGAGCAGGCACUUUGAGGACCUUGAAGAAGGGGAGUAGGGGAGUGAACGGGAUGGCCGGCAACAGAAGUUCGGGCUGUGAGGGCCUGUGGGAAUCGGGAGAGGGUGUGGGGGUUAGAGGAUCAUGGGGUAAAAUAAAAGGCGGGUAUGAUUAAUUCUAUCCUGGUCUCACCAGGUGUUAAGCCACUGUUUUGUCCUGCCCUCCCACAUCAGCUAUAGUCUCAUGAAAAGUAAGAGGAACCUUGUCGAUCUUCUAGGAGAGGAUAUUUUGCAUAUUCUUCCCUUCCUUUCUCUGAGCCACGGUUAGCUGCUAUUUUGAGGCAUCCAGGGGAAAAUGGGCAGGAAAGCUUACACACUCUGAUUUCAAGGACGAAAUCGAGGUUUGGGAAUUCGUUUAUAACUGGCUUUAAGAUCACCCGGGAAAUCUUGGUCCUGCCCCUGGUUCUUUGCCACUUCCUUUAAGGUAGUCUAGGUUCAUGCUGGGUCAGGGUGGUCUUUGUGGAUGUCAGGUGUUAGGUGUGUGCCGAGCCCGGUAUUUCAGGUCUCGCUUGUGAUCUUCUAAGUGCAGGGAAAUGAAACAAUCCCAGCUGUGUGUGACUUUCCCUUUGCCAGGUCAGCAUGAUGCUUGUUUGAAGUGAAUCUCAAAUCAGCAACAGUUGCCCCAGUGACCUACUACAAAAGUCAUCUAGCUCAGAGUUUUGCUAGCCUUAUGUGGGAAAUCCAGGAGAGCAAAUGUUCACAUGUUGGGGUACAAGGCUUCUUUGUCUCAUUUGCCUUCACUCUGUAUCCAGUGCCCCCCUUCCCCUUGGUAGUAAUGGGGGAGAUAAUUGAACAGCCACCUCCAUCCAUAUUGAUAAGGGCUUUUGGUCUGAGUAGAAAUAUCUUUUAUCUACACAGGGAGGCACAGCAGAAAGCUCAAGGCUUUACACAAGGAAGGCACAAGCAGGGAGAGGUCUAAGUGCAAAAUUGCCAAAUAGCACAAGCAAUGAAUGUUUUCUGGUUAUAUAAAUGCCAAAAUAGCACUUUUAUAUUUGUAAAGUGCUUUACGCUAUUUAAUGAUAGUUGUUUCUCACAUCUCUGUGAGGUAGAUCAGUAUUAUGACCCCUGUCGUAGGGAAGACCUGGGGAUAGGAGUACAGCAGGCUGUUCGGAAGAGGGACUGAUGACCGUGGGGAUAGGCAUGGUCUGACCUUUUGUGUUCUCCAGCUCAGCUGCUAGAAAGACUUCCUGUCAUGAUUUAUAUCAUAAAAUAAAGACACUGAAAAUUCUUAUGCUUUGUGGAAAACUUAAGGCUAGUCUAGAAGGGCCAAAGAUGUCCUUGUUGACAAAGCUGGUCUUUGUCACGUAAUUUGGGUGUCUUAGGUUUGUUCUGUUUCUAGUAGGGGGCUGUAGUUAGAUGACUCUUGUACAGAUUUCGGUUACCUAUGCUGAAAAUCCCACCCCUAGGUUAGCCUUUAGAAGUUAGAGCUGUGGAAAGCAAUCCUGUUUUCUUCACCAGUGAUUGUUAGUUUUCCUGUACUUUUCAUGGAAGCAUCUUCACAAACUGUUGGACACACUUGAAGGAAAAGAAGAAAAACUGCAAGAUUGUUUUUACAGUUUCAGCAGACUUUCUGUGAAUGCUGGUAAUUUAUACUUGAUCAGUUGUAUUUUAGCAAAGAACCUCUUCGGGGACUGUAGGGAAGCAUGUUUUUGUCCUUAUAAAAACACCUUCUAAAAAAAAAAUCCUGAGAAUUCUGGGCUUGUAUAAUGCCUGUUGAUCUUGCCCUCUUAAUCAGUUUAUUGUUAUUUACAAAUGCAAAUAGAUUUUCAAAAGGUAAUUUUGCAACACACUAAUUCUUUAUUUUCUUUUAGUUGAGUAAUAUGAACAAAGUAAAUGUCCAUUAUUUAUUCUGACUCUUUACUCUGAAUACUAAGUGUAUAGGACUCCUUUGAAAAUAAUAUAGCCAGUUUGUAGGUAAUCUUAUUCCUUUGCGUGUUUUUUUUAUGCACAUCUACCUCUUCCAGCCGUUUUAAGUUCUCUCAAGUCUGUGCCUAUGAAAUCUCAUGCAACUUUUGAUUAUUCAUGGAUUGAUUAUCCACUUUAUGGGUUAUUUGGCCUUUUGCUGCCAUUGUACUCUGUUGUACCGUCUCGUCUGCAUCAGCUAUGUUACGUAUGGGCAGCUUUCAAGAAAGAAUUCAACAUGGAAAUGAGAUUGAAGCUAAUAUAAAAUAAUUUGGUGGCAGUGGAAAUGUUUGGAUUUCAUGGACCUCUCUUUCAAGUACCAUGGAUAAGAGAGGCAGCUACCACUUCAGUAUCCCUUUGAUGAGCAAAUCCCUCAGCAGAAGAAAACAGCCCAACCACCAACACCCCUACUCUCAUGGUGCAUUUAAAAUGUGAUUCCGUUUUUCUUACAAUUCUUCAGGGAACAUAGCUGCAUUAAGUGAAUUUAAAUGCAGUCAGGAGGUUGUUUCUUGUAUUCUAGUUGGAGAAUAAUAUUUUUUCUUCAGCAAACCCCAUUAACUAUGGUUCACCCUUAAAAAUGUUGAUUUGAAGAUUCCUUCCAUCAGCUCAUUCAUGACGGUGGAGGCAAGUGUAUCAUUUGUUUCCUGGGGAGUUUGGUCAAGUUCAGGCUACUCUUCCUUAGCAAAAGCUGGAGCAGUUUCGUCAGGUUAAAUGGCUUGGUUCAAUCUUGAGCUCUGAGUUGGAAAGAGAAGAUGAGAAGUUAACCCCUUGAGCCAUGUGGUUUCUUCAGGAUCAAGAGGCUGUACAUAUGUGGAAAAGUACAGAUGAAGAACCUGUGUUCAUAGACAAUCUGAACUGUGUUUCUGAAGUUUGUGCACAUUUUCCUUCACUGUAAUGUUAUUUUACAGCUGUUUGUUAAAAUAGUGAAUAAUUUAAUGAUCCUUAAAGUAACAGGUUUUGUGUGAGUGUGUGCUUGUAUAUGUGAGAAUUGCCUUAUUUUCAGGUUGUUUUAUUUAAUGAUGAUUCCUUGGACAGCGUUCUGGUGUUCAGCAACCAAUAUGGAAUAUUUGUCAUUAAAUCCAUAUCAGUCUUUUUCCAUGUCA